GCAAAGAAAAUCAUACGCCAAAUAGACCCUGGGUCAUCGAGUUAGGUUUCUAAACUCUUUUUCCUCGGGCCAUGGGAGCAAACUAUGUCUUUUCCCUGCAGCCUACCUUCACUCAAGGUUUUAUCUUUGGGCAAUUGUCCAUUCUUGUUCUGCUGGUCUUCGUUCUCAAAUACCUCUUCAUGGAUUCAACCAAAUACCCAUUCGAGACAACUUCAUACCAUCCGAGAAUAAACAGCGAUUCUAUCAUGCGGUCACAGAAGCCAUACAACCAAGCUAGCGAUGAAAAUGAACUGAACAAGGCGGAUGAAUCAGCGGAAUGGUUGAAUUUACUUUUGCAUCAAAUCGUCGGAACGUACAGGUCCAAACUUCGAAAUGACCUUCCUGGUGCAAGUGGAGAUGAAGUUGCCCGAAAACGAGUAGAAGACUACGCGAAUAAGAUACGGCCUGCAAGCUUUCUUGAUACAAUCGUCGUCCAUUCUGUAGACCUUGGCUCUUCAGCGCCACAUUUAUGCAAUGGACGUCGCGUUCAUCCUUCACCAUCUUCCAACCCACAAGAAAUUGAAUUUGACGUGAAUUAUGUGGACUCUGUCUCUAUCUCUCUUUCUACUUCAUAUUUAUUCAACUACCCAAUGCCACUGUUUGCUCGGCUUCCCGUCGCCCUCACCAUUUCAUUAUCACUUUUCAAAUCUUCUGUAACCAUCACACCUCCAAUACACACUUCUCCAGCACCAACAUUAACAUUCUCCAUAUCACCGACGUUCACCCUCGACCUCACGACAAUGUCUCUCAUGGGUAGUCGAGCAAAGCUUGCCAACGUCCCAAAGUUACAUGAUUUGAUACAACACCAAGUCCAUCGUGUACUUGCCGCGAAGGGUGUUUGGAAAGUGGUUCUACCAGGAUUAGCGACUGUCGACGAAGUGAAGCAAGAAGUAAAUAAUGAAAUGGCGGAUGCUGCUCCAUCAUGACAUGUUGCUAUACUAGACGAAUGUGCAUACCAUACCUGUAUUUAAUCCUAAUAAACCCGUGUCACUGUUCGAGU